GGUCAUAGCUAUAGACAUUCUCAUUGGGGCAUUUGCUUCCUUCUGUUGCAAGUGUUUGCAUUAAUAGUUCAAGUAAGGCUCUUGAAAGCCAUUCCUGUACAAAAUGAGCAGCCAUGGAUUGGUUGAAAGAUUCAAGGCUGCAAAGCCUUUCUUUGCUGUUGUUUUCUUGCAAUUUGGGCUUGCAGGGAUGGAUAUUCUUUGCAAGGCUGCACUUAACCAGGGGGUGAGCAACUAUGUGCUCGUCGUCUACCGCCACGCAGUUGCCACUCUAGUUGUUGCUCCUUUUGCAGUGGUUCUGGACAAAAAAGUAAGGCCAAAGAUGACACUUUCAAUCUUCAUCAAGAUAAUGGUGCUCGGCUUGCUAGAGCCAGUUCUUGACCAAAAUAUGUAUUACUUGGGAAUGAAGUACACAACAGCAACCUUUGCAGCAGCUAUGUCCAAUAUUCUUCCUGCCCUUACUUUUGUAAUGGCUUGGAUUCUUAGGCUUGAGAAAGUAAAAUUGAAAUGCAUCCGAAGCCAAAGUAAGGUGCUCGGAACUGCAGCAACAGUUGCAGGUGCCAUGAUCAUGACACUGGUAAAAGGACCACUUUUGAAGUUGUUUUGGACCAGAGCAACCACUAGUAACCAACAGCAAACAAAUGGGGUAGAUAUUCACAGUUCCAUUAAGGGUGCCCUAAUGAUCACAGCUGGUUGCUUCUGCUGGGCUUGUUUCAUGAUUCUGCAGUCAGUGACACUAAGAUCAUACCCUGCUGAGCUCUCCCUUUCAGCUUGGAUAUGCCUGAUGGGCACAUUGGAAGGAACUGCUGUAGCAUUAGUCAUGGAAAGGGGAAACGCGGCCGUUUGGGCUAUACAUUGGGACGGAAAAUUAUUGGCAGCUGUCUACAGUGGAAUAUUCUGUUCAGGACUAGCUUAUUACAUUCAAGGAGUAGUAAUGAAACACAGGGGCCCUGUGUUUGUGACAGCUUUUAGUCCCCUAAGCAUGGUUAUUGUUGCUGUCAUGAGCUCCUUCAUUUUGCGAGAGCAAUUGUUUCUUGGAAGGUUACUUGGUGCUGCUGUCAUAAUCAUCGGCCUGUAUCUUGUUGUAUGGGGUAAGAGCAAAGAGAAUUCCCCAGAAGAGGAACUAGCAACAACUAAACAAGUAGGAGAGGAAAAAGAUAGGUCCAAUCUUGAGGUUAUCACAAUUGCAUCAUCUUGCAAGUGAACUGUAGCGAUUGAUGAGGCGUAACCAAUGACUAAAUGAAUAUAUAGAUCCUUUUUAACUUUCUUCAGUGCUGUCAGAAAGCAUCAUUUACAAUCUGAAAGAAAACAGCAGUAAUGAAAAUACCCAGUUGUGGUGUAGUUGAUUAAACAUGA